AUGAAGUUUUGGGUUUUCAUCUUGGCGCUCUACUUUUCCAAAGCUUCCGAAAGCAAUGAUAUUUCUUCAGACGAGGACCCUGGUACCUGUGUGUGCGAUUUAACGAAAAACUCCUGUGAUGCCUUUUGCUGCUGUGACGACGAUUGCACAUCUGCUGUAAUCCAGAUGUGGGAAGGAACUGAUUCAGACUCAAAUAUGUGUGUAAGGUCAAGGUUUGGCAAUAGUGAUCGGUUUUCUUGUAUUGAUGACUCGGAAGUCUACAAGAUCAACUCGAGAAGAGGCUUGAAAAAGACUGAUGAUUCCAGCAAUGAUUUAAUUUGUGUCACUGUUGAUAAUGCUCAGCCAUUUGGCAGCUUUCAUACACUAGUAAGUGAGGCAUCUACAAGUAAGGCUACUGAUAGGAUAGACUUAACAGUUGGCUACUCUGAUGUAAUCUACGCACCAAAGCCAACUUAUUCGUGAUAUAGAGAUUAUCAAGUAGAAGUAAAUGUCACGAGCAAUGAAACGACGACAGGGGUAAAAACAAUCACUCAGACCCAAACAUUUGUAUACUUAACUCCUGGGGUUGUGAUGGGGUCAGAAUAUUCAGGAUGGGCUCAUUAUCAUAAUAGAUGGACGAUCCCUGGCCCUGACAGCUAUGGGCUUUGCAAUGAUAUGAACACAAUUCAGUGGCUUUAUAAGGCAAAUCCUGGGCCAUGCACAAGGGCUUAUACAGGGAGCACUUUCCAAUCAAUUUGUGUAUCAAGUCUAAGCAUUGCCACCUAUAUGGAUUAUCUACAAAUUGUCCCAGGAGCCACCAAUGAGACCACAACUUCUAUAAACUACUACCAAAUAUACAAGAGGGACACCUCCACCAAUACCCAGACCCUGAUUCCCAUCACUACACUGACAACAACAUUUGAUUCGACCAAUUGUAUUUGCAAGAAUGCCUUUUUGGAAGCUCAUUAUACAGUAUGGACUAACAAUAAGCAAAAUGCGACUGAUCAGAUUUAUGCAACUGUGGUUAUUGCAGAUUUAAGCUUAAGCUCGUGCACUUCAACUGCUAUUGGGAACGUUACUCAGCAAUUUUCUGUGAAAUUUUUAACCACAUCUGGGCUUGAGCAGAAGAGAUCUGGGAAUCCUGGGUAUGUAAAAGGCAAGCCUGUUUUAGCUGGGACUUUGUCUGAUAAAGUGAUUAGUCAGUUUGAUGAUGGAAUUCAGCUUUAUGGAGCCAGCUCAAAAGGGGCUUGCAUUUCGUCAUCAUCAACUCCAGUAAUGGGCGGCAUACAAAGCCUGAAUUUUGGGCAGGAUGCUGUGUAUUCUUGCUAUUUAGAGUACACUUUAAGCCAGCUUGAGACUGCCUGCACUACUAGUAACUUGCAAAUGAGCAUUUUUUCAUAUCAAGAUAUUGCUUAUAUAGGAAUAUUUGGGGACGCCGAUGCAAAUACUCUUUCAGACUGGGUUGCAGUUAACACAGAUGCGAUGGCAAACCCAACUGCUGAAUUCAAUUCUACAUCGAAAACCUGCAAAUUGCCAAACUUGGUCAGUUAUGACAUUUUUUAUACAGAAACAGGAGACUUGACUAACCCACAGCCAAAAAUUGUUUAUGUGAAAAAAUCAGUAAAAAACAAUCCAUGGGAAUUCAAAAAGCAGCAGUCAGGAGAUACACAAAUAUUUUUAAAUACAGUUGUGUUUAGCUUCAUUGAGUAUACCGAAAAAUAUGAUCCCUAUGGAAGUCCUCCACUUGACCCUAUCAAAGUGAUGCCAGAUGACGUGAUUUACCCAUUUAGAUACUCUUCUGGGAGUUAUUUCAAUAUAUUUUUGGGAAUAUGCAUUUGUUUAAUAAUUUAA